AUGGCAACAAAUACUAAAUCAGCGCGAAAUCGUAUUCAUAUCAACGUGUCAGGUGGACAUUUCGAAACACACCGAUCAACAUUGGAGUUAUAUCCACAUACACUGUUGGGUAAUCGCAAAAGACUGAAACCAUAUUACGACAAAGUUCAUGAUGAAUAUUUUUUUGAUCGUCAUCAGGCUUCGUUUCAUUCAAUAUUGUAUUAUUAUCAAUCACAAGGACGUCUCAGGCGACCACAGAGCGUUCCAUUAGACACAUUUUUAGAGGAAGUAACAUUUUUUGAAUUAGGUUUACAAGCAUUACAACAAGUACGAAAUGAUGAAAAUGUUAAAGAAACAAGAAAAAUUCGGUUACCUCGAAAUCGUUUACGCCGACAUAUGUGGGCAAAUAUGGAGUAUCCAGAAUAUUCUAUUUCAGCAAAAAUUUUUAAUUUUGUCUCGAUGUGUAUGAUAUUAUUGUCGUGUAUUGCUCUUGCUGUAGAAACAUUACCAGAAUAUAAUGGUUUGUACGACAAUAUUUGCCAGAUAGAACAUGAAAGGUUGAUUAAUCAAUCGUUAAAACUUAAUCUAACAAAAAUAUCAUAUCCGAUAUGUGCUGCAUUAUUUUAUUCACCAUUUUUUAUUAUUCAAACAAUUGCAGUGUCGUUUUUCACGUUAGAAUUUCUAGUUCGUAUUAUUAGUACACCAUCCUAUUGUGAUUUUGUUAAAAGUAUUCUCAAUUGGAUUGAUCUAAUAGCUAUUAUACCAUAUUACAUAACCGUAGCUAUAACUUUAACCGAUACACAAAACGAUAUUGAUACGUCCUCAUAUGCUGGUUUAAGACUAUUGAGAAUGUUACGAUUUACACGGGUCUUCAAAGUAUAUCGUAUAUUUCGACAUUUUAAAACAUUGCGAGUUUUAGCAGCAGCUACCAGAGAAUCACUGCCCGAUUUUCUUAUUAUGAUAGCGAUAUUGACACUGUUAUCAUUUCUGUUUGGAGCAGCUACUUAUUUAGCUGAAAAUGCAGAGAAUGGCGUAGUAUUUGAUAGUAUACCAAGAGCAACGUAUUGGGGUAUAAUUACAAUAACAUCAACGGGAUACGGUGAUAUGUAUCCAAUAACAGCUGCCGGUCGUGUAUUAGCGUGCCUGUGCGCUUUCUCUGGUACGGCAACAGUUGGAAUGCUUGCCUCGGUAUUGGUUGAUAGAUAUCAACGUGUAUAUACAAGAAAAUUAUAUACUAAAGAGAACGUUGAUGAGAUUGAGUUUGACAAUUAUUCGGAUGAUGACGACAGAGCUAAUUCAGAUUUAGAAUCAGAAUGGCAUAAUCAGUUAAAGAAUAAUGUUAAAGCAGCUGACCCAGAUGCACGUGCAAGAAAAGAGGAAAGUCCUAGGAAAUAUAAUGACAAGGAGAGUGAUGGCUUUGAUGAGAACCCAUGUGAUGUUAAAGACGAGUCAGAAGAAAUGCUUUCGAAUGCGAAUGAGAAAGGAUUAAUUAAGAAAAAUUUAAGGGCUUGUUUCUCAAUAACAUACAUGGCUGAUGAUCCGGAAAACGAUGAUCCAUCAGAAGAAAUAAUUGAAAGAAUAUCCGAAAUGGUUAAUGAAAAACGUUUGGGUGGAACAAAUAUCAGUCUGAGUUUGAUAAAAAGUAAUGACAAUGGACAACAAACACCAAAAUUUAAACUUGAAUCACCAAUCUCGAACGAAUCUUUUCCAGUCACUACUCAACAACGAGCAACUGGAAGACAUUCUUUAUCUGCUUAUAUUUCACAAGAAUCUAAUGGUCUAUCUCACUAA